CACAAAUGAAGUUAUCAGUACUUUUGGCGGAAGUGUUUGAAAUUUAGUUAGAAAAUGUAAUAUUACAGCUCUUUAGAUUUCAUAUAGUUCACACAAUGGCGCAUAAGCGAUCAAUAGAUGGCAAAGAAUACACAGACGUAAAUUUGGAAGAAACAGAUUUUUCAGGCUGGCUGGCAAAUAAAUGUCAGAAGCUCAACAAUGGUCAGGCAAUUGCAUCAAGAGGAGACAAGCUAGAAACUUGCUUUAAAGUAAUUUCACACUACCAAAGUCUUCCAGCUCUCCAAAAUGAGGCUUUGCACAAGAUUUCACUGAAUGAUGAAACUAAUUAUAAGGGAAUACAAGCCUCCAUGUGUGAAUGUUCAAAGACCAACAGACCAAGUGACCAUUUUCACACUGUGUCCAGUUUAUACCACUUGCUUUUGGAUGAGGCCAAAGGAUCAAGUCUUCCGUUUAGUGUCCUGGCUACUGAUGUAUGUGUUUCAAAGUUAAAGGAAUGCUUAGGACAGUCUCAGGACAAAUCUGAUAUCAAGCCCUUACUGAACACAGAGGAGCAGGCCAAGGUUGAUCUGAUCAUGAGCUUAAUGAAGCUGAUCAUCUCUAAAGGUCACAAAAUGUCAGCAUCUCAGAUAGCAAAGAACUGCUGUACUAAACAGACAUGCCUUCCCCUUGAGAUGGUGUGGAAUCUACAUAAUGAGGGCUUCAUGAAACUGGAACUAUAUUUGAAAUGUCUUGUAGCUGACCAAUCAAAAGUAAAGAACCUGAUCAGUCAGUGCUGCCACCUAUGUGUGCAGUCAACCAUGAAUGGCGAUGACAAAAAAUGCACUCAGAUUGUCAAAGAUGUAUUCAGUUACCUUGUACAGUAUGGGUAUGUGAGGGAAGAUGGGAACACAUCUACUGUGACACCAUUACAAAAAGUUGCUGUGGUCAUAAUGGACACUACGAUCAAAAAACUGUUCAAAAUCUGUGACGAUAAGGAUCGCAUAUUAAAUCCUGUAAUUCUGAUCCAUCAAGUGAACACCCUCCCCUCAACAGCAGUUAAACAGUUCUGUUCACACACAAUUUCUACUCUACUGAGGUUUAAUCCAGUGCUGAAAGUGAGUCAAGCCCUAGAACUCCAGAGCCAAUGGACUUAUGCAAAAAGCCAUCCCUUUAUAACACAUGUUUACCAACAGCUGCUGCUACCAUUUGAAACUUUUGAGAUUCUGGAUUUUGUGCGCCAUCUAUUGGAAGAACAAGAAGUCAAUUGGCAAGCUGUGCUCACUUUCAUUGCGACCCUUUCAGUUUCUUUACCUGAUGCACCACAACAUAUUAAAGAUUUAGCAAGCAAGUUGAUAAGCAAGGCUCUGGUAGAUUGUGAAUUGGACAGUAUCAUAAUUGCCUUACUUCUAGCAAGACAAGCCUCUAUGGAAGGCCCUCAUUUAUUCCAGUCUUAUUCUCAAUGGUUUAAGGAAACAUUCGGUGAUGCCAACAAGACACCUGCAAACAACAGAAAAUCCUUUACUUUUUUGAUGAGAUUCUUAUCUGAUAUUGUCCCAUUUGAACCUGUAGAUCACCUUAAGGCCCAUAUUUUAUCAGGACCAUAUGUCCCAGAUAAAUGUCGAGCAGUGUAUUCAGACUAUGUAACCCUGGCCAAGACAAGACUAGCCGAUCUAAAGGAGCCUAUUGAAGAAAUGAGCAUCUAUUCUGGGAACCCAGCAACAUCAGGGGGAAUUCAGGGUGACCAGAUCAACAGUGAUGUCGAGACAGCUAUUGCAAUGUUUGAAAAAUCCAGUAAAAUUCCCACAACUCUGCUUGAAGCAAGCAUAUUCCGUAAGCCAUUUUUUGUCGGAAAAUUUCUGCCAAUCUUAAUGAAGCCCCGCCCACUUCCUGAUAUCGCAGACCCCAGAAUGAGGCUGAUAGAUGAACUCCAAAAAAUUGACAAAGUUCCACAAAACAUGUACAAUAAAUAUAAAGAGGGGUGUCAAAAAGAAGCAGAAAAAUUAUUUCAAGGUGUGUUUUCUGAUGAAGCAGAUGAGUCAAUGGAAGAACUACUAGAGACACCUAUCCAACAGUUGGAAACUACUCUUGCAGAGUUGCUCCACCUAGUGGCACAAAGUAAAGACACGAAUAGCCAGAUGUCAGUAUUGGCAAGAAAAAUAGAGCUUGUGCUGCCAUCUAUAAAUGCACCUAGUGGAGACACCUAUAUAUCAAUUGAUAAACCAACUCCAAUAGAUGCAAAAACAUUAGAGGUGACAGAUAUAUUACUCAACAGUUUCUGCAAGAUAUUAGCAGUGUCCUUGAAACUGCCCAAGCCAAGUUUAACAUGGGGUGCCGAAUAUCUAGCCAUAAUUAGUCAGCAUUCACACCUAAAGGUGGCCCUGUUCACCAGAAUUGUGACUCUGUUAUUGAAACAGGGUUUGAUCUUAGAAGAACACCACAUAGAUACUCUUUUGGCCACACUUGUCAUAUAUGAGAGAAAUAAAGACACACUAGGACAUGUAAAACUAGUCCAAUGUGUCCAUCAAGAUCCCAGGGAUGUAGUUGAGGGACUGUUCGAGACUUUAUCAUACAGGACUCAGGAUGAAAUGCUUCUACAUUGCAGGGUAUGUGUCACAUAUGCAGAACUUUCAUUGAAAUAUUCUUCACAAUGUGGCCUGCAGUAUGCUUCUGUUAAGGACUCAGCAUGCCUCCAAGCAUAUUUAGUUGAGAAGAUUCACUACAUGGUGCCAAGGAUCUUUCCUUCAUGUAGAUUUGUAUCAUCAUUGUCAUCAUCAAUAGACAGUGUGCCAAUGCAGUUAGAGAACCAACAAGUGAAGCAAAUGAACCAAAGUCUACACCUACAAAGCCUAGAAGCAGCACACCGUAUUAACACACAGUUACAACUGAAGGCAGCCAAGCUCUACUCAUCAAAGGAAUUCCAGUCUUAUAUAUCAAACCAGGAGUUCAGGUUCAAGAGGUGGCUGAACUUAGAGAUGAAUGUACAACCCACAACAGAUUUGAUGUCAGACAUUGAGUGGACUGAAUAUUGUGACUGGGUGAUACAUGGAAACUACACAAAUUGUAGGAGCAAUAUGCAUGUGGAUAUUAUAGAUAUACUUGUUCAACAUCAACUCAAGUACUCUUCCCAUAGUGUUGACAAGUGCAGGGAGUACUCAUGUAGCAAGCAACAGACAGAGGGGAGAAUCUCAUCAAGGCUAAGACUUAUAUCUUUACUACAGAGAUUAGUGCUGACUGAUCAUUGUGCUCCAGGAUGGGUUUGUAACUAUCUACAUGAUGCACUAAUGAACCAGGAUAGUGAAACUGUAAAAGAGGCCAUCAUUGGAGAGUCUGUCAGUAUUGUGGUUCAACUCCCACCUCACAUCUGGUUUACAUCUCAACCAUUCCACAAAGUCACUGCAGAAUCCAUCCAACAGGUGUCACUACUAGUCAAUGAUCAUUUGCGCCACUACUGCUAUGAUAUUGAGUCAGGUCUUCUGAGCUACAACCUCGCAAGUCAUCUAUUGAAGGGAGUAGGGUCAUGUUCAGCUGCUGAUGUCACAAUGUUUCUCUCUCAAUGCCCUGUAGUGUAUGCUUCAACUGUGUUUUACUGGAGGAGAUGCAAUUAUUGGAUGGCUAAGUCUCCUGUACUUAGUGAGCUGGAGAACAGUAUAGCCAACAUGUACAGUCCUACUGCCUUGCUAAGACUAACCACAGAUAUCAAAGAUGAUAAAAAUGUAAAAAACAAACAUUGGUUAAACGCUGUAGCUAUAUAUUCUGAUAUCAUUAAAAGGGAUGCCAAUGUUGAAGACAUUUUGGAACAGAAACACCCAAUACCCCAUAAAGUAGACUACAUUCCACAUUUACAUUUAGGAGACUUCACUGUCCAUUGUUAUGUGAUGUUACUCCUCAUAUAUGGGCAAGCAACACAGUGUCUCCAUGGUUUGGAAGUAUCUAAUUCCACAAUUAGGGCAGUAGCUGCAUUAGCCAACAGUUGGCCAGACAUUGUCAUGACUACCGUGAGAGAGUAUAUUGGAGACCCCUUGAUGGCAUCACUAUUCCCCGAUGUCUUACAAGCCUUCCUUCCUUACACUAUGCUCAGGGUGCUAAUACUUUUACCUGAAAGUACUGUUCGAUCAGAGUUUAUCAGAAAACAAAACAAAGAUACCAUUAGUGAUCUUUACCACCAAGCUCUGAACUCUACACUGGGGGCCACCUUUAACACGUUUAGUGAGGUGUUGACAUUGAAACAUUGGUCACAAAUCAAGGAAUUUGUAGAGACACUUGCUGGAAUGGAAUGAUGUGAAAAUUGAAAAUUUCAUUAAAUUAAUUUGAGAAAUAGAAAAACUAGAGAGAUAUGAAAAUUAUAUCAUCCCUCGUAUUGUUUGAUUAAUAUCACCGGACAUGAA